AUAACCUUGGCUCAAGCAUUAUCGAUGUCGAUGGGUGGGUCACCCUGUGGCCCCGCAGGAACUGGGAAAACGGAAACAGUCAAAGACAUGGGUAAAACAUUAGCCAAAUACGUGGUGGUUUUCAAUUGUUCCGAUCAAAUGGACUACCGAGGAUUGGGUCGAAUUUACAAAGGGUUGGCUCAGAGUGGCUCCUGGGGUUGCUUUGAUGAAUUUAACAGAAUCGAACUACCGGUUCUCUCCGUUGCUGCUCAGCAAGUUGCGGUUGUUCUUGCUGCGAAGAAGGAAAAGAAGAAACAAUUCGUUUUCACUGAUGGAGAUUUAAUAGACAUGUGUCCUGAGCUUGGAAUAUUCAUAACGAUGAAUCCCGGAUACGCAGGUAGGAAAGAACUUCCGGAGAAUCUGAAGAUCCAAUUUCGUACCGUAGCAAUGAUGGUACCGGACAGGCAAAUCAUCAUACGAGUGAAAUUAGCCAGCUGCGGCUUUCUGGAGAACAUCACGCUUGCUCGUAAAUUUUACACGCUGUACAAACUUUGUGAAGAGCAACUCACUAAACAGGUUCACUACGAUUUUGGUUUGAGGAACAUAUUGUCUGUGCUCAGAACAUUAGGAGCAUCGAAGAGAGUGAAUUCUAAGGAUUCAGAAAGCACGAUUGUUAUGCGUGUCUUGAGAGACAUGAAUCUCUCUAAAUUGAUAGAUGAAGAUGAACCCCUCUUCAUUUCUUUGGUAGCGGAUCUGUUUCCCAAUCAAGCUCUCGAAAAGACUUCUUACCCAGAGUUAGAAGCUGCAAUCAAUGACCAAGUGGAAGAGGCUGGUUUGAUAUACCAUCCACCAUGGGUUCUAAAAUUGAUACAAUUGUACGAAACACAGAGAGUACGGCAUGGUAUAAUGACUUUGGGCCCGACUGGAGCUGGGAAAACAACUUGCAUACAUAUUUUGAUGAAGGCUUUAACUCAAUGCGGUGACUUUCACAGAGAGAUGAGAAUGAAUCCAAAGAGCAUAACAGCCGCCCAGAUGUUCGGCCGUCUAGAUGUCGCCACAAACGACUGGACAGAUGGAAUAUUCUCAGCUCUAUGGCGCAAAACCCUAAAAUUAAAAGAAGGAGAGCACGUAUGGUUGGUUCUCGACGGUCCCGUUGACAGCAUCUGGAUCGAGAACUUAAAUUCCGUAUUAGACGAUAAUAAAACAUUGACUCUGGCAAAUGGCGAUCGUUUACCGAUGGCUUCCACUUGCAAAAUAAUUUUCGAACCCCAUAACAUCGACAAUGCUAGUCCUGCCACGGUGUCUCGUAAUGGAAUGGUGUACAUGAGUUCUUCGGGGUUGGAUUGGAACCCUGUGGUGACUGCUUGGUUAAAAACCCGAUCGACUUUGGAGCAGGAAGUUUUUGGUCAAUGUUUUGCUGAUUCUUUUGCUCAGAUUUAUUCCUGGGGCACUCAAGUUCUAACGUUAACCAUAGACGUCUUACAAUGCAACAUCGUGCAACAGAUGCUCUGUCUCCUCGAAGGUCUAGUUCCUCCCGAAACGUCCGUAGAAAACGAAGACGACGAAGAAACGGAAGAAGAGAAACGUCAGCCGAUGACUCUGGAACAUUUGCAGCGUUUCUACACGUUCGCAUUAAUAUGGGGCAUGGGAGCACUGCUAGAAACCACGGACAGAGGAAAGUACGAUCAAUAUCUUCGCGAAAACUUCAGCAACCUGGACUUGCCAAGCUCGGAGAAGUUUCCCGAAGCGAAACUGUUCGAUUUCUAUGUCACGGACAAGGGUAAAUGGGACACGUGGACGAGCAUGGUGACCAACUACGUCUAUCCAGAGUACUCGACACCCGAUUACAGCAAUGUUCUGGUUCCGAUUCCUGAUAACGUGAGGAUACAGUACUUGAUCGACCUAAUAGGGCGACAGGACAAGGCCGUGUUGCUGAUAGGCGAGCAAGGCUCUGCUAAAACGGUGAUGAUGAAGUCGUACAUGAAGAAGGCUAACCCAGAAACCACGUUGAGUCGCUCGUUCAACUUCAGUUCAGCCACGAGUCCGUUCCAGUUCCAGAAGACCAUCGAGAGCUACGUGGAGAAACGCCUGGGUAACACGUUUGGACCGCCAGGUGGUAAGAAGAUGAUGGUGUUCGUUGACGACAUUAACCUACCGCAGAUAAACGAGUGGGGUGAUCAAGUCACUAAUGAAAUCGUACGUCAAACUAUGGACAUGAAAGGAUUUUACUCUCUCGAGAAGCCUGGAGAUUUCACCAGCAUCGUGGAUAUGACGUUCCUGGCCGCCAUGUGCCAACCUGGAGGCGGGAGAAACGAUAUUCCAUCCAGGUUGAAGAGGCAGUUCUGUAUUUUCAAUUGCACGUUGCCUGAUAAGGCGUCCAUCGACCGAAUAUUUAGCGUCCUCGGCGAAGGUCACUACAAUACCAAGAGAGGAUUUUCGGUGGAAAUCAGAAACCUCGUUAAAAAGAUGGUUCCUUUGACCAGAAUACUGUGGGAAAGAACCAGAAAUAACUUACUACCCACACCAGCUAAGUUUCAUUAUGUCUUUAAUCUACGAGAUCUGUCGCGAAUUUGGCAGGGUAUGGUCGGUACACUAUCCACGGUGAUUGACAAGGAGAAUGUCCUGAUGCUGUUGUGGAAACACGAGUGCAGUCGCGUGUUCAGCGAUAGGUUCACCAUACAAACGGAUAAGGAAUGGUUUGGGGAUGAAAUAGUUAGAGUUGUGAAUGAGAUGCUGGGGGAGAGAUAUGUGAACAUGCUGGAUCAGGACCCUGCGUUCGUAGACUUCAUGAGGGACGCUCCCGAACCUACUGGCGAAGAGGGUGAGGACACAGACGUCGAGUUGCCAAAGGUAUACGAACCAGUCUACGACGACCAGAUCCUCAGGGACAGAUUAGAAAUGUUCUUAUCGCAAUUCAACGAGAUGCAAAGAGGUUCUGGAAUGGACCUAGUCUUCUUUCCGGACGCCAUGCUGCACUUGGUCAAGAUAUCCCGAGUGAUUAGACACCCAAAAGGAAACGUGAUGCUGGUAGGAGUCGGUGGUUCCGGGAAACAGAGUCUCACAAAGUUAUCCUCCUUCAUCGCGGGCUACAAAACGUUCCAAAUUACUUUGACGAGGUCUUACAACGUAGCAAACUUCUUAGAAGACUUGCGGUAUCUGUAUAGAACUUGUGGAGCUCAAGGAAAGGGAACCACCUUCAUAUUCACCGACCUGGACAUAAAAGAAGAGGGCUUCUUAGAAUACCUCAACAACAUUCUGAGUUCAGGAGUGAUCAGCAAUUUAUUUACACGCGAUGAACAGCAAGAAAUUAUUUCCGAAUUAACACCUAUCUUAAGACGCGAGAACCCGAAGAGGUCCAUCAACAAUGAACUUGUAAUGGACUUCUUUCUUCAGAGAACGUGUCAGAAUCUGCAUGUAGUGUUCUGUUUCUCUCCAGUCGGUGAAAAGUUCCGAAAUCGCGCCCAACGUUUUCCGGCACUGAUAUCUGGAUGUACAAUCGACUGGUUCCAACCUUGGCCCAAGGACGCGUUGAUAUUAGUCGCCAAACACUUUCUGCACGACUUCAGCAUCGCCUGCACCGACGAAGUGAAAAACGAGUUGGUAAACGCGUUAGGAUCCAUACAGGACAUCGUUUCGAAUACGUCGACAGAGUACUUCCAAAGAUUCAGACGUGCCACCCACGUCACGCCGAAAUCGUACCUGAACUUCAUCGGUGGCUACAAGAACAUUUACCAGAGCAAGCAGCACGAGCUUGGAGAAGGAGCCAAAAGAAUGGACACCGGUUUAGCAAAACUGGAAGAAGCGUCGAUAUCGGUGGAAAUCCUGAAGAGAGACCUUGCCGUGAUGGAAAAAGACUUGGUCCAGGCGUCCGAGAAGGCUGAAACCGUCCUCCAGGAGGUGACCGAAAGAGCAAUGCAGGCGGAGGCGUUCAAAAACCAGGUGCAGAAAGUAAAAGAAAAGGCUGAGCAAUUGGUAGCCUGCAUAGCUGAAGAGAAGGCGCUUGCUGAACAGAAGUUAGAGGCUGCCAAGCCAGCACUGGAGGAGGCAGAGGCUGCUCUGAACACUAUCAAACCCGCCCACAUAGCUACCGUGAGAAAAUUGGGCAGACCACCACACCUCAUUAUGAGGAUCAUGGAUUGCGUGUUAAUUUUGUUCCAAAGAAAGAUCGGAUCGGUCGUUCCAGACGCUACUGCUCUCUGUCCGAAACCUUCCUGGUCAGAAUCCCUGAAGAUGAUGGCCAGUACAACGUUUUUAUUGCAGCUACAAAAUUACCCGAAGGACAUCAUCAACAACGAGAUGGUCGAACUGCUGCAACCUUACUUCAAAAUGGAGGAUUACAACAUGGAGACAGCCAGACGAGUCUGCGGUGAUGUAGCAGGAUUGUUAUCUUGGACGAAGGCUAUGGCUUUCUUUCAUUCGGUCAACAAAGAGGUACUUCCUCUGAAAGCUAACUUAGCCUUGCAGGAGGCUAGGCUCAAAGUAGCAAUGGAGGAUCUGGCGAACGCAGAGAGAGAGCUUUCUGAAAGGGAGAUGGCACUGCAGGCGGUUAAAGAACAAUACGACUCGGCCGUGUCUGAAAAACAGAGACUGACUGAAGCUGCAAACGUUUGUCUCCGAAAGAUGACCGCUGCGACUGCACUGAUCAAUGGUCUGGGUGGCGAGAAGAUACGCUGGACCGAACAAAGCAGCGAGUUCAAGGUGCAACUAGGUCGACUAGUCGGUGACGUUCUACUGGCUACAGGUUUCUUGUCUUACUGUGGACCGUACAAUCAGCAGUACAGAGCUAGCUUGGUGUCUUCGUGGAUGAACAUUCUGGCGACUAAAGACAUUCCCUUCACCACGAACCUGAAUAUCACGAUCAUGCUCGUGGACAGCGCGACCAUGUCCGAGUGGACACUUCAAGGAUUGCCAAACGACGAGUUGUCCGUGCAGAAUGCGCUGAUCGUGACUAAGUCCUCUUCGUAUCCUCUGUUGGUGGAUCCUCAGAACCAGGGAAAAAUGUGGAUUAAGAAUAAGGAGUGCAUGAACGAGUUGCAGAUAACCUCUCUGAAUCACAAGUACUUCAGGACUCAUCUCGAAGACAGUCUUUCCUUAGGCAGACCAUUGCUGAUCGAGGACAUUGCUGAGGAGCUAGAUCCAGUUCUCGAUAACGUGCUCGAGAAGAAUUUCAUCAAGUCCGGUUCUAUCGAGAAAGUGAUCGUUGGCGACAAGGAGUGCGACGUGAUGCCUGGCUUCAUGUUGUACAUCACCACGAAGUUACCAAACCCGGCGUACAGUCCGGAGAUCUCGGCUAAGACGUCGAUAAUCGACUUCACUGUCACCAUGCUGGGUUUAGAGGAUCAAUUACUAGGGAGAGUGAUACUCAUGGAGAAGGCAGACCUUGAAGCAGAGAGGGUGGCUCUCUUCGAAUCCGUCAUGACGAAUCAAAGAUCAAUGAAGGAACUCGAGAGCACCCUUCUACAUCGACUGACAUCCUCCGAGGGUUCUUUGGUAGACGAUGAAGCGCUGAUUAAUGUCCUCAGGGAAACUAAAGUGACGGCGGAGUCGGUCAACGAAAAGCUGAAAGUGUCAGCCCUGACGGAGAAAAAGAUCACCUUGGCUCGCGAGGAAUUUCGAGCAGUGGCUUCGAGAGGAUCUAUUCUCUACUUCCUGAUCGUAGAAAUGAGUAACGUCAACGUGAUGUACCAGAACUCGCUCAGACAGUUCUUGACCAUAUUCGAUAACUCCAUCACGAAGUCCACGAAAAGUCCCAUCACCAACGAACGUAUAAACAUUAUUCUUCGUCAUCUGACCUACGAAGUGUGGGCCUUCACUUUGAGGAGUCUGUACGAACGACAUAAAUCACUGUUCACGUUGAUGCUGGCUAUGAAGAUAGACUGUCACCGAGGCGCGAUCUCCCACGCAGAGUUCAAUGCCUUCAUAAAAGGAGGCGCAUCGUUAGAUCUGAACGCGGUUGUUCAGAAACCGUUCAAAUGGAUCCUAGACAUAACCUGGUUGAACCUGGUCGAAAUCAGCAAAUUGGAGACUUUCUCGGAUAUCUUAAUGAAGAUCGAGUUUAACGAGAAAGAGUGGCGAGUGUGGUACGAGAAAGAGAAACCCGAAGAAGAGGAGCUACCCUGUAGUUAUCAGAAGAAACUGGACGUGUUUAGAAAGCUGCUUCUGAUCAGGUCGUGGAGUCCUGACAGAACUUUGUCUCAAGCUAAGAGAUACGUGAUCGAAUCUUUAGGGAAGGAGUAUGGAGAAGCCAAGAUCUUGGACUUGGAGGCCACUUGGUUAGAAUCUGAAGUUAGGACUCCGCUUAUAUGCAUACUGUCCAUCGGAUCAGAUCCCAGUCCUCAGAUAACGGCAUUGGCAAAGCAGAAGUCUAUUCAACUGAGGUCAGUGUCUAUGGGCCAGGGUCAAGAAUUUCAUGCUCGACGACUGAUCUCUGAUGCUAUGAACACCGGCAGCUGGGUAUUGCUGCAAAACAUUCAUCUGUCUCUUCCUUUCUGCACGGAAGUCAUGGACGUUCUUGUUGAAACGGAAACUGUACAUGAAGCAUUCAGACUUUGGAUGACCACCGAAGUACAUUCUCAGUUCCCCAUUGGCCUACUGCAGAUGGCCAUCAAGUUCACAAACGAACCUCCACAAGGUAUCAGAGCAAGUUUAAAAAGAACCUAUCAAGGUGUAACGCAAGACACGCUGGAUUACAGUACUCAGUCACAAUGGCCACCUCUGUUGUACGCCGUUGCGUUUCUACACACAGUUGUUCAAGAACGCCGGAAAUUUGGUCCUCUCGGUUGGAACAUUCCGUAUGAAUUUAAUCAAGCUGACUUUGCUGCCUCCGUCCAAUUUAUACAGAACCAUUUGGACGAUAUGGAUCCCAAAAGAGGAGUGUCAUGGCCGACUGUUUGCUACAUGCUUGGAGAGGUUCAGUAUGGCGGCAGAGUAACCGAUGACUUCGACAAGCGAUUGUUGACUACGUUUACACACGUAUGGUUUUGCGACGUACUUUUACGAUCUGGAUUCGAAUUCUACCGUGGAUACAAAGUACCCCAAACAAAGAACCUUCAAGGAUAUUUGAACUACAUCGAUUCUCUGCCGGCGACGGACACUCCGGAAGUGUUCGGCCUGCACCCGAACGCGGACAUCACCUACCAAAUAAACACGGCCAAAGGAAUACUCGAUACUAUAUUGAGCGUGCAGCCGAAAGAAGGUGGUGCACAAGGCGGUGAAACCAGAGAGAAUGUUGUGUACAAACUCGCUAGCGAUAUGCUUGAAAAAUUACCGAAACAGUACAACUCUUUCGAAGUGAAAGAGGCGCUUCAACGAAUGGGUGCUCUGCUGCCGAUGAACAUAUUCUUGCGUCAGGAAAUCGACAGGAUCACUAGAGUCAUCAAAGAGGUGCGCAGCACGUUGGUAGAUCUGAAGCUGGCUAUCGAAGGUACCAUCGUGAUGAGUCAAGGCUUGCGUAAAUCGUUGGACUCGAUGUAUGAUGCUCGUAUACCGGAGAAAUGGCUGAAAAUAUCUUGGGAAUCGGCAACACUUGGAUUUUGGUACACGGAACUGCUAGAACGGGACCAUCAGUUCCGACAAUGGUGCGUUCAUGGUCGACCUAAAGUCUUCUGGAUGACCGGCUUCUUCAAUCCUCAAGGAUUUUUAACUGCCAUGCGACAAGAGGUGACUAGAGCGCACAAAGGAUGGGCCCUGGACUCCGUCGUGCUGCAAAAUUUAAUUACAAGAUACAAUAAGGAGGAGAUAAAGAAUCAACCUCAGGAAGGAGUUUACGUUCACGGUCUAUUCUUAGAAGGUGCAUCACUCGAUCGCAAAACGAGCAAAUUGGUGGAAAGCAAACCAAAGGUUCUAUACGAACAGAUGCCGGUGAUUUACAUUUACGCGAUAAAUACAACUGCAGGCAAGGACCCAAAGCUUUACGAGUGCCCUAUAUAUAGGAAGCCACAAAGAACAGAUGCGAAGUACAUAGGAUCGAUCGAUUUCGAAACCGAUCACAAUCCUAGACACUGGACGUUACGAGGUGUAGCUCUUUUGUGUGAUAUAAAAUAAAAUGGUAUUUCAUCGACAAAAUUG